AUGGCUCCAGUAGCUCCUGCAGUAAAAACUUUGCCUGAGGAUCCUAUAGGCAUCAGAGCCGUACUCCUCGGACCUCCAGGAUCCGGUAAAGGAACUCAGGCACCUCUGCUCAAGCGAAAAUAUUCUGUAUGCCACUUAUCUACUGGAGACAUGCUCAGAGAAGAAGUCGCAUCAGGCUCAGAAUUGGGCCGUUCACUAAAAAAGGUCAUGGAUGAAGGGAAACUGGUUUCUGAUGAGAUGGUUGUAAAUAUGAUUGACAAAAACUUGGAUCAGCCAUCUUGUAAGAAUGGUUUUCUCCUUGAUGGCUUUCCCAGAACGGUCCCUCAAGCCGAAAAGUUGGAUGUCCUGUUAGCCAAACGUGAUUCUGGACUUGAUGCUGUCAUUGAAUUUGGCAUUCAAGAUAGUCUGUUGGUCCGCAGAAUUACAGGGAGACUGAUUCAUCCAUCCAGUGGACGUAGCUACCAUGAGGAGUUCUACCCACCUAAGAAGCCCAUGGUAGAUGACGUUACUGGUGAACCUUUAAUUAGAAGGUCUGAUGACAAUGUUGAUGCUUUGAAAAAGCGACUUGCUGUAUAUAAUGCGCAGACUGUACCUCUUGUGGAUUAUUACAUGAGGAAAGGUAUUCACUGGAGGGUGGACGCAACUAAAUCUUCUGAUCAGGUAUUCAACAAGAUUGACAACAUCUUCAAAACUAGGAUCUUCUCAAGGCAACAGCAACAACAACAACAGCAAGCAUCCCAGUAA